AUGCCUGUAAAGAAGAGACCUAGAUCUUACGACACCACCUUUGAUUUACCUACAAGGAAAAGAAGAUACCAAUAUUCAGAUAUCUUUGAGUCUCAAGAUAUUUGGAAGAAUCUGGACAGAAUAAGAGCUUUCCAUAAAAAUGCAGAAAUAUUAAUUAAAAACAGUUGCAUUUUCAUCGACAUAUCACCUAAAGCAGAUUUAGACGAUAUUAAACUGUGUCUAAAAAAGUUGAAUAAAUUCGUUUCAAGUAAAGAACUACAAUUCCAUAAAAGCAAAGAUGAAACCUUUUCGUCCUUUAUCACUUUACAAAAUUUCAAUAUUCUAGAUUGUUGCUUGGUACUACCGAUAUUAUUUGCACUGAAAUCCAAAGCAUCACUCAGACCACUCAAUAGAGAUUUCUUCAAGAUACCAAUUGAUAUCCCUAUUGGAGGAACUGUUUACAUUCAUAGAAAUUGCAAAACAGAAAUAUUACGAACUCAAACACAAAAUACCGACAUUAAAUUUAACGUUUCUGAAAUAUCACAAAUAUCCAACUUUAAAGAAUUGCAUAUGAAUCUCCCAGCUAAUAAAAGUUUGACACAUUUUAUGAAUGCUAUAGUUAGCUUUUUCUCAAAUGCAAAAUUCGGUAAAAGAGCAGAUAAUAUCUCAAAAAGGUUUGCAGUUGCAUUAAAAGGUAAUGAAAAACGCCUUAAAUUUGGAUUAUCUGAAACUUCUUUUAUUGCCAAUGGGAAUGGCCUCUUUGAUAUGAACUUGUUAAUGAAAAGUAAUAUUCCAAUUAUAGAAACUUCAGAGAAGAACAUAGCAAAUUUUGUAAAUACUCUCAAAGAAUACGACAAUCCUACGAAACCGGCGACGCUAAAUACCACAGUAGAUAGGGAUCUAAGUAAACAAAAUAUAAAAACAGUGGAUUCUCAAACACAACGAACUCAAACAGCAGCGCAAUAUCAGGCACAGCAGCAACAACGACUUCAAACUGAUAAGCAGCAAGCCACAACUUCUAGAUAUGGUACCGCAACAAGCACAAUAAAUCUUUCAACCACCCAAGAGUCACGAUUAAGGCACCCAGCUGAUGGGACACAGCAAUUAUCUGAAAGACCGAACUUUAUGACUCAAGAACAAAUUAAAGAGCAUUGUUUAGCAACGUUAAAAGCUGCAGAAUCAUAUGUGAAGAGUAAAUCAUUGUACCAGAUCUUAAAGUUAUAUAUCAAAUGCCCUAGACGAGAUUAUAUUGAUCAAGUGUAUCAAAAUUUAAAUGACUUACGUUCAACAACCAAUUGUAAUAUUGUUGUUUUAAAUUUAAACAACCUGCAUGAAUCUGACACAUGGUUUUCAACAUUAGAUGUUUCUAAAUUUACUAGCUUUGUCCAACAACCGCAUCAAAGCACUGUUCGUGUUGUCAGUAUUGGUGGUGUGGGAGAAUACAUUCUUAAGGCACUGGAGGCAAUUUCGAAGAUAAUGGAGGCAUGA